AUGUCUGGAGAAAUUACCUGCAAACCAAGCAGAGGGCAUUCUUAUAGUGCCACGGUGGAUGAGCCAAAGCUGUUACCCCAAACUACUCAGACUGCUGGUGGAGGCAUCCAUUGUUAUUCACCCCAAGAGGGAUCUGUUGGUUUUUCCGGGGACUCAACAACUACACCCAUUACGGGAGAAACUGACUCUCUUGGCAUGUCAUUUGUCAGGAAACUUUACGAAGACAGAGGUUUUUCUAAGAAAACAACCGACAUUAUCAUGCACUCAUGGAGGGACUCGUCCCGUGAACAAUAUGAUGUGCACAUUCGCAAAUGGAUCCUAUUCUGUUCUGCAAGGAAAAUUGAUCCAAUUUACACAAAUAUAACUGACGCACUAGAAUUUUUUUUGCUAAUUGAGCUAUAGUGGUAUUAAUUCAGCCCGUUCAGCUCUUUUAACCAUCUUACAGACUUCAAGUAAUUGUAACUACACAUUUGGUGAACACCCAGACGUUAAACGCGUUAUGAAGGGUGUUUAUCAGAACAGGCCACCUAUGCCCAGAUACAACAAGACAUGGGAUGUAAAUGUUGUACUACAGUACUUGCGGGGCAUGGGAAAGGCAACAGAACUAUCGAUUAAGGAACUGACCUUAAAGCUAGUUAUGUUUAUAGCACUUACCACAGCAUGUAGAGAACAAACUACUCACUUAUUGGAUCUUAAAGGAUUGGUUAAAGAGGAUAAUUGUCUUGUUUUUAUUAUUGAUAGUAACAUUAAGCAAAGUAGGCCCACUAGUUCACUUUCAGACCGCAUAGUUAAGUUAAAGGCCAACCCGUUAGAGGAAAAACUUUGA